AUGGGUUCAUUCUGUUUAUAUUAUAUUAAAGACAGAAACUGGUGGGAUUGUGUUCCUAGUAAAGGUUCAGGAUGGGCAUCGAAAAGUAUUUGUAAGGUAAAGGAUGAGAUGAAGGAAGGUUUUGAGCUUAAACAUUGGGCUGAGACUGGUUAUUCAAUCAGAGAUGGGUAUGGUUGGUUACAAGGGGAUCAACCUGCUGUCAGAUGGACUCAUUGGAUCUGGAAUAAAUUUAAUGUUCCUAAGCACUCAUUCAUAGCUUGGCUUGCUAUUCAUGACAUACUGAGAUUGAGAAAAAGGUUAUGUAGGCUAGGAAUUUGUACUGAAGAGACCUGUUUGUUAUGUGGAUCUGAACCCGAGACAUUGCAGCACCUAUUCUUUAGUUGCAGAUAUAGUAAAACAUGUAUGACUAAUAUUUGCAACUGGAUUGGUUUAAAUGUCAGAGUGUGUGAUAUUGAAAGUGCUUGGAAAGACUGGACCAGGGGUAUAAAAGACCAGGUAAAGAGGAAUUUUGUACUUGCUGCCCUCACUGCAUUGCUAUAUCAUAUCUGGCUUAUUAGAAACUACUCAUACUGGCAGAAGGCUGUGAUUCACCCUGGUAAGCUCUAUAAGGUGAUUAGACUAGAGGCCUUACUGAGUGUAUCUUAG